AAACUAAACAAUUCCCAUGUUAAUGAAUGUUGUACAAACAAUAAUUAAAAACUAUGAUCUAAUGAAAACCUAAAAACAAACUCGAGUUGGUUACGCCAUCUACUUGUUAUCUCAAGACACUUAUUUUCCAGUUAAAUUCCUGUUUUUAUGUUAACAACCGCUUCAUUUCAUUUUAAAAAAUGAUUUAUUAUACACUUGAAUCUUUAAUUAAUAGCUUUUUUUAUUUGUUAGUACAUUGAUUAGUGUUGAAACGAACAUUUUUUUGUGUUAAUUUUUCAAUUUCUUAAAGACUCAUCUAAUUUAUUUUUACAUUUAUUAUGUGUUUCAAAAGGAUCACCUGAAAUAACAAAAGGAGGAAUCUUAUCAAAGCAAGUUGAUGAGAUGGGCUUAAAUGAAUUUGAAAAGACUCGAACCAAAGUGAUUAUGGGACCAGAUCAAUCAUUAAUUGCUUAUCCAUCACCUUAUGCUUUCGUCCAGAUAAACGGAUCCAAUUUGACUGAACCUUCUUUAGGUUCAACAAUCCAAUCAUCAACGUCAACUUUAAAAGCAAAUAAUACUCUAAAUAAUAAUGGUUGUAUUGAUCAAAGAUUUAUCGAAGAGACUCCAUAUGCUACCGUUAAACGUACACCAAGACAUUGUAAAGCAGAUAGAAAUGUGUAUGAUUAUCCAGUUCCUCUUAACAAAUCAAAUGUUCAUCCAAUGUAUUCCGAAUGAGGGUUGACUUAGAUUUACUGACAAUCAACCUCCCGUUUUAUGUGCCAAUGGUAGACGCAAUUGAAGAUAAAUUGACAACUAUUUUUAAUCCUUUUCUUGCCUCCUAAAACAUUCAAAUGGUUAAUCAUUCAAUGAAAUUGAUUCCAAUGAUUCGUCAUACAAUGUAAUCUGUAGACUUAUAAUUUUACACCAUCUAACACAUCCA